UAUAACAUGUGAAUAGGGGCUUGUGUUUCUAAAGGUUGGAUUUCCAGGGCAGGGGGUGAGAUUUCUAGGCAGCUUUGUUCACAGAGUGUGGACAUUCCAUUACAUAAAAAGUUCAUAAUUGGUUGAGGGGUGGUUGCUAGGUCAACCUUGUUGUCAAGGGGUGUGGCUUUGUUCUGAGUGAGCGGAGAGUUCUGCGGAUGAGUGACAGUAGAGGUCAGUUGGAGGGAUGACAGUUGGGGCUGCUGAGAGAAGAAUCUGGAGGGGGAAAGGUAAAAUCAUUCUGUGAGGCAAAGCAGAGGCUAGGAGAGGAAUUCUAAAGAGGAAAUUGUUGUCAAGGAAAAGUGAGGGGAUUGAGGGAAGAAAUAUCCUACAAAAGAGACUUCCAGGAAAGAUGCAGUUUACCUCAGAACUCCUAAGCCUGUCAGCUGAUACUUAGUAACAGCUAGGAUACACCCUGAAACAUUGAAGAAAGUGACCGUUGAUGAGAAAGCUUACAGCUGAGAUAUGGAUAAACAUACUGUUUAAAAGGAGAAAGGAAAAAUGCAAGUCUGGGUCUGGGUAAAGAAGAGCAUUGAUUCCAGAGAUCAUAGCUACUGGCCUUCAUUAAUAAAUGGGAAAGGGAUUAAGAUCUGAAAGUUAUAUGCUUAUUUGAACCUGAAUUGAAAGCAUCUGUUAGAAAAAUAAACCUUUUUAUUCAGUUUCAGGUUGCUUCUUUACUAUCCCUAUCCCUGCUACAAAGUAAAAAAGGGAGUAAAGAAAAGUUUUGAGAAAGUGGUGACAGUGACAGAUACAAGGGUAGAAAGUAUUACAGAAAAAAAAUUAAAAGGAAAGAGUUGGAAGUGAGGUGCAACCAUCACAUGGAGUGACAUGGGCUCCAUAGAGCAGGCAGUGGCAGAAGCAGCAGUGGGGAAAUAGGAUGGCAGAUUCUUCUCUGGAGGCAAGCACAUUGAUUCCACGUUUGCCCUACAGCCAAGGAUCUGUCAAAAGACAUCUUGCCUUCUCAGAUCAUUUGGCAGCCAUCUGACCAAGCCUGCAAUGUGCUCUUGCUUUCCAAGACUACAGUAUCUGGGCUGACUAAUGGCAUUGGCAGUUGGGACAAAUAUUGGCAACAAAUAGACACAACCAGAAAAGAUCUCCUGGCACUUACUAUUGUUUAUUUUCAGUGCUAGCAUUUACCAAGGCAACAGGGAAGCCACUCAACAAGAACCUGACUACUCUGGCAUACUGUAUACCUCAUCAAAAGUAUUUUUGUGCUUGUCACCUAAAGCCAUGACUCACCUAGCAACAAGCUUGUUAUGCAGCUUUCAUAAAUCUCUGGAAAGCUGUGGGAAAAAACACUUAUUUUGGAAGAGGGCCAUUUUCACCAUUUGCAGAGAAUCGUGCUUUUUUUUUUUUUUUAAUGUGAGUGAUUUCAUUCCUAAUUUAAAAGCAUGGUAACUUCUUUUUUAGUUGCUUGGCAACUAACCGGAGGUAUGUGGGAUAGAAAGUGGAAUUAAAACUCAUGACAAUAUUUUUGGUUUCUCUUUUAGGUGGGCAGCACAGUAUUGAAUUUUGAAUUCCAGGUUAAGUUAGUAUUGUGUAUGUAAAAUGUGGUAUUGUACUGCCAAUUUGGUUAUUUUGAGGAGUGGAGAUGCUACUUCUGGGUAGCCCAUUCAGGUGAAGAAAUAACAGACAGCUUUUGUGAAAGUUGGCUGGUGAUGUUCUUGUUUUCAACUCUCCUGGUGUUCUGCUUCUGAGAACUUCCCAGAUAUUGCUGAUCAUCUUUAGUUUUGUGAGGAAUUUGGAAGCAGGAUAAAAAUGUCAGUCAUGUUUAUGAAAGCACCAAGAUAGAACAAUCCCCUUUGUACCACAAUUUAUAACCCAAAGCAAAUGCAGCCAUCAGCCAUAAAUUGUAGCCUAUCAGGGGUUCAGUAAGCAUCUUUUAACUGGGGCCCAGGACUACAAAUAUGGGGAGCUGUCAAACAUCUGGCAGACCACAAUACUGGUGGUGGGCUGUGUUUGGCUUCUGUGGAGGGGGAAAAAUUGUGUAAUCCUGGAUUGAAAAGCCAGCAAGUGUCUCUAGGUUCUGUCCCUCCUCUGCCAGAGAUCCCAUUUAAGGUCUCGCUGCCUCCAUGUCUCAGGGUAUGAACCUCAAGAAACUUGGUAGGGAAUCUUAAUACACAGUGUAGUCCAUUUGGUUAUCCUUUGGGACAUAAAUGCCCAAGAUUCAAGACCAGGCUUGGCCAUGGACUCAGAUUUGGGCAAAUAACUGUCAUUCAGCCUUAGUUUUCCCUUUUCCUUUGUAAUAGACCCACAGUCAAGCUAUGUAUGUGAAAGGAAUCCACCCCUCGCAACAGUGGAAAUAAUCCUGUCUGUGCAAUGCACUCAUAGGCCUCCUCUACAUAAACUUUAGGUCUGCUUUAUAUCAGUUCAACUCAUCUAAUGACAUCCUCAAAGAAUCCUUAGUGUAACUCUUUAUUUGGGAUUCUCUCAGGGAAUUAACUAAAAAGCUUACUGAAACUUACUUUGGUUUCCCUCAAAAUUCCUUAGAUAUCUCACCCAAGCAGGAGCCUCCACUUUUGCCUCCAAGUUUCAAUUUAGCCAAGCAUCAAUGGCAAGUCAGAGCAUAGCAAACAGGGAUAGCAAACAGGACAUAGGAGUUUUGCAGGAGUUUUGCGGGAAGUGCAGGGGAGCCUGGAACAAGCCCCUGCGAGAACAAGGAUCACAAGGAGCCUGGUGGAGAAGAGAACGUAAGUACAUAUCCCUCCCUCGUACCCCUCAUAUUAUUGGGAAAGACUGUUUGAACAGUUAAAUAGUUGACCAUUACAGCUGAGACCUAUCCUAAUAAACUAUCUAAUAAACGGACAAUAAGCUCCCUAAAUAAUCAGCCAACUAAAACCUUAUGAAGAUAGAAGGUCAGCAGGGGAAGGGGCACUUACCAGUGUAUUGCACAGAGUGCCACAUGUAUGACUAUUUGCCCCAUGGGCAGGAGUCAUGGGUGUGUGCUCGGUGCAAGGAGCUCCUGGCUCUCAGGGAACAAAUCUGUUCCCUCGAGGCCAAGGUGGUGGAUCUGGAGAAGCUCAGAGAGACAGAGAGGCAUGUGGACGAGACCUUCAGGGAUGUGAUAGAGGCAUCCCACUCCAGGGCUAGUAGCUCCUCUACUGUCAGGGAGAAUGAAGGUCUUGGGCAAGGAGGACAUCGGUCUGAGGAAGAGGGAAAUGCUCCUUUAGAAGGGACCCCUUCUGUGGAUGAUGAGCCCAUAUCCUCUCGCACAGGGGAUACUCCUCUGGGGGGUGGGGGCCUCCUUGUAGUUGGUGAUUCAAUCAUUAGAGGGAUAGAGAGAUGGGUUUGUGACCCGCGUGUUGACCGCACGGUGACUUGCCUGCCUGGUGCGAAGGUUGCGGACAUUAUGCAGUGUCUAGACAGGCUCCUAGGCAGUGCUGGGGAGGAGACAGUUGUCGUGGUGCACGUCGGCACCAACGAUGUGGGGAAAUGCAGUCGGGAGGUCCUGGAAGCCAAAUUUAGGCUGAUAGGUAGCAUUUUGAAGUCCAGGACCCCCAAGUUAGCAUUCUCAGAAAUGCUACCUGUUGCACGUGCAAGUACAGUGAGACAGGCAGAGCUGAGGGGUUUCAAUGCAUGGAUGAGACGUUGGUGCCGGGAGGAGGGGUUUAGAUUUGUUAGGCACUGGGACACAUUUUGGGGCAAGCAAGUCCUGUACAAAAGGGACAGGCUUCACUUGAACCAAGAUGGAACCAGACUGCUGGUGCUUAAAAUCAAAAAGGUUGCAGAGCAGCUUUUAAAAUGACACCUGGGGAACAGCCGAUGGGAGCUGGGCAAUAUCCCGUUUGGCAAAAGCCAUCCUUUAAAGUGUGAGGCUGCAAAGAAUUCAGAUAAAACAGAAGGGGACAGAGCAGAACCGCAUAAAGAGCAGACGGGAGCCUGUGCCAGCAGGUCAAAGAGUCAAAAGAAUAGCAUACAUCAGGGGAGAGAUUCAGUGUAUAGGUGCUUAUAUGCCAAUGCCAGAAGCCUCCGAGCCAAGAUGGGUGAGCUGGAGUGCUUGGUUGCUAAUGCAGAAAUAGAUAUAGUGGGCAUAACAGAAACAUGGUGGAACAGUGAGAACCGGUGGGACACUGUUAUCCCUGGGUAUAAACUCUAUAGAAAGGACAGGGAGGGGCGCCUUGGUGGUGGAAUAGCACUGUAUGUUAAAGAAGGGAGAGAAUCGUAACAAGCUAGAAAACCUAGGUGGACUGGAGUCCUCCACAGAAACCCUGUGGGUGACUAUACAAGGCCGGAAAGGGAACGUGCUACUGGGGACGUGCUAAUGCCCUCUGGAUCAAAAUGCCGACAGUGACUGGGAGUUGCAGGAGGAAAUCAGGGAGGCAUCAAGGAGAGGCAGGGCUGUAAUUAUGGGUGAUUUCAACUACCCACACAUAGACUGGGUAAAUUCACAUUCAAGUCAGGACAAAGAGUUCAAAUUUCUAGAUGCGCUAAAUGACUGUGCCCUAGAACAGUUGGUCAUGGAACCGACCAGAGAGAAGGCGACCUUGGAUCUAAUUCUGAGUGACACCCAGGACCUGGUGCAUGAUGUCAGUGUCAUCGACCCUUUAGGGAACAGUGACCACAGUACCAUCAAAUUCAGCAUACAUGCGGGGAGAGAAUCACCAAGGAUGUCUAACACAGACAUUUUGAAUUUCAGAAGAGGAAACUUCUCCAAAAUGAGGAGUAUGGUGAAAAGAAAGCUGAGGGGGGAAAUCAGGAGAGUCACUUCGCUCUAGAGUGCAUGGAGUUUACUCAAAACCACAAUACUAGAAGCCCAGUUAGACUGUAUACCCAAAAGGAGGAAAAGUACCACUAAGUCCAGGAGGCUGCCGGCAUGGCUAACAGGUACCAUCAAGGAAGCCAUAAAAGGGAAGAAGACUUCCGUCUGAAAUUGGAAGGUCUAUCCAAACGUAGAGAACAGAAAGGAACACAAACUCUGGCAAAAGAAAUGCAAGGUGACAAUAAGGGAGGCAAAAAGAGAGUUUGAGGAACAUUUAGCCAAAAGUAUCAAGGGGAAUAACAAAAACUUCUUUAAGUACAUCAGAAGCAGGAAACCUGCCAGGAAGGCAGUUGGACCAUUAGACAAUGAGGGAGUGAAAGGGAUUAUUGAACUGGAGAAGGUACAGUAUUGCGUACAAUUCUGGUCACCACAUCUUAAAAAGGACAUUGUUGAACUGGAGAAGGUACAGAAGAGGGCAACCAAGAUGAUCAGGGGCCUAGAGCAACUUUCUUAUGAGGCAAGACUACAACACCUGGGGCUUUUAAGUUUAGAAAAAAGAUGACUAUGGGGAGACAUGAUAGAGGUCUAUAAAAUCAUGCAUGGUGUGGAGAGAGAGAAAUUCUUUUCCCUCUCACACAACACUAGAACCAGGGGUCACUCCAUGAAAUUGAUUGCCAGGAGGUCUAGAACCAACAAACGGAAAUACUUUUUCACACAACACGUGAUCCACUUGUGGAACUCUCUGCCACAGGAUGUGGUGACAGCCAACAACCUGGAUGGCUUUAAGAGGGGUUUGGAUGACUUCAUGGAGGAGAGGUCUAUCAAUGGCUACUAGUCGGAGAGCUGUGGGCCACCUCCAGCCCCAAAGGCAGGAUGCCUCUGAGUACCAGUUGCAGGGGAGUAAUGGCAGGUGAGAGGGCACGCCCUCAACUCCUGUCUGUGGCUUCCAGUGGCAUCUGGUGGGCCACUGUGCGAAAUAGGAUGCUGGACUAGAUGGGCCUUGGGCUUGAUCCAGCAGGGCUGUUCUUAUGUUCUUAUGUUCAAGUCUGACAUAAUAUCUAGCAAAUGUUUGACCCCUGUUCUGUGACUCUUAAGCGGCAAGCCACCCAAAGACGUACAUUUGGGCAGGGUAUAAAAUUAAGAAAGAAAGAAAGAAAGAAAGAAAGAAAGAAAGAAAGAAAGAAAGAAAGAAAGAAAGAAGUUUGGCCAAAGCCUGUUUGUCCAUUUUUGUAGAUGCCCACCCCAAAUUAUUUAGGAAACCUGCCAUUACAUUCAGCAGGAUAUUUAGACAAAUACCGUGGGAUCUGACACCAUUAAGUCUUGCUUCUGAACACAGCCAGCAUGAAGAAUUGUCACAGAAACCUCAGUGAUAUCAUGGUUCAUUGCCUAUCUGUUGCUGGGUUGACUCCCUACAGUCCCUCUUGCUGUGCAAUACAAGAGCAAUGUUUAAUUUGCUUGACACGUCUCCUCAACUGGGGCUAGGCGCAAGCAAGUGAACAACAGCCAGGCUGCACCUCUACAUUGGGGGUCUGUAAUUUUCUAGUCUUGAGAAUUUGCUUCACUUUAUGAAUAAGUGACUUUAGAAGCUUCUGGCUAAUUAAUCAUGGUUGCACAGUGCUGUUGCAGGCAGCUUGUUAUAACAUUUGAUUAACAACAAGUGCUGAUUUGGGAAUUUUGAUGCAGUGAGCAAGAUCACAUCUGGCAAGGCAUGACAGUUACUUACUCCUUCACAAUGUAAGUAUAUAUAUGGCUGGCAUCCUGAUGAAUGAAGCACUUGCAGAAGGACAUUGUGCUAGUGCAAAGCUGUUGUGCUAACUACUUGCUCUGAGUCUGGUGCUUGCAUUCCAGACUAGUCUUGCACUACCAUUAGCAUGUUUUGCACUUGUGAAACUGAUGUGCACCUUUGGCACACCUCAUUUGUUUUAAAGGAAACUUUUGUGCAAUUCUGCAAAUCCUGUUUUUUUUUUAAAGCACAACUCUGUGAGCUUUUUGCACUAGCACAACUUUGUUAUGCAAAUACUUUGUUAGUCACAGUGUCAGCUACUUAUUUAUUAUAUAUACUGUCCCAGAGUAUUUUGCAUGGGCUUCUAAAAAUGAAGUUGCUACCCUAUAUAUCCCAGCAAUAUUAUGCCUGCACGUCAACUAGCCAGGGCAAGUCUUCAACUGUGCAGGUACAACUGCAAUCUUGAGCCAGGAGCGGGUAUAAAAAAGGAUAGCAGUGUUAGGCAAGCCAUGGUCAAAAACCAGGAGAUCAAGUCGAUGUUGGAGCAUCAGAAGUCAGGGUCAGUCAAGCCACGGUCCAGAGCUGGGAGCUCAGGUCAGUGCAAGAGUAUCCAGAAUCAAGGUCAGCCAAGCCAGGGUCAGAACCCAGAGAGUCAAAUGUAUGGAAGAGCAGGCAUGAGUCGAAGUCAAAAUAUGCAAGGGUCGAGGCCAGGAAAUACGAGUUACUCAGAAGCAAGGUAAGGUCAAAGCUGUGCAUCUGCAGUGAUGUUGCUUCAGUAAGGUCCUGAAUCUGAGUUCCUUUAAAGGGGAAGUGGACUCUAGCCCCUUCCUUAGUUUUGGAAGACUGGUGAGUUUAAAGUUCAUGGACCCUGUUUUGCAGAUGUAGGCAGUGUCAAUGUGGGGGUGGUUCUGCCUCUGAUUAGUCUUCUGAGGAUUACUCAAAGUCUGAGGAGUUGGACAGAGGUGCAUCCUCUGGUCUUAGCAGAGGAGGAGGAGGUGAAGCAGCUAGGGUUUCCCAUCCUGGUGUGUUUUUGGGGUCUGCUGUAACUGAGUUUUCCCCUUCUGUUGCCUCCUCUGGUUGCAGAGGAGGGGGAGGAUCUGCUACUACUGGGGUCCUCCUUUCUGACUCAUCCCCUGAACUGUCUGACUGAGUGGCCUUAGGACCGAGGGUAAUGAAAAUGUGUUGAAUUGUAACGAUUUUAGAAAGAGCUGCAUGGCAUAUUCUCAAGUUUAGAUUUUUUUUUUUUUGUGGGUAGAAACUAGCUACUUGAUGAGGUAGAGGUUUUCCAUGAAAAACAGAGAACCCUUUCACAUGAUCAUAAGGGGAUUGGUUGGGAGGAUUAAAGAGCUCCUACCCUAACAGCCACAGAUGAGCAGAAGCUCUGCUUGGUUCAGCAAUUCCAGCACGCAAAGUCAAGAGAGGCCUCCAUUGCUGAAAUUGUAAGCUGGAACAAUAAAAGGUCCCACAAGGAUCAAGUCAGCCGUCCCAUUAUGCACUGCACUGCCAGUAGACUGGCAACCAUCAUUACAUCAUCAGCUGUUCUCUGGUUGGCCAUGAAGGGGCAGGAGAUGGGUCUAGCACUGCUGAAGCUACAGGACCAUAGAGUGUGCUUUGCAUAGCAGCACAUUCAUGGUUGGCAGCCCCUGUAACCACAGCUCUCUAUUGUUAACAUGGCUGCUGAUACUUGAGAGCUUCCAGAAAUAGGAAAUGCAUCAACACAACCAAAACAAAAAAGUAGGAGAGCUCUCUUUUCCUCCUACCUGAGUAAAGAGCAGGGUACAAAACUUAGGUUGUUCUGUUUUGAGUAAUGUGAGUAGGAGGGGUUUCUGUGUGUUCACAUGACCAUGAAUCCAUGAACAUAUUGAAGCUAUUCACACAACCAGGAGAAACUGGGCUAAGGGAGCUAGCCUAGCCUGAUUUCUCCUGGUUGGCUGCUGCCACGGGAGCUGCUCAGCUUCUGGCAGCAAACCACUUAAAGUACCCCUCCCUUAAAUGAGGUUAGUGGCACUAGCGCUCCACUAACCCUGUUUGGUUGCUCAUGUGCUGCUGCGCUGCGGCUCUCCACCAUGGCAACACAUGGGGAGACCCCUGCCGGGAGGCUGCAAGCAGCCUCCUGAGCUCAGAGGUCUCUCCAGGAUGCCCCGCGUGCUCAUGCGGGGCAUCCUGGGACUCCCAGGGGCCAUGUGGAC